AUGCGCCUCUUGGAGAUCAAAGAGGAUGGCAGCCUCAGCCUUCGGGAAUAUUCUCCAGAGGACGUCCUGCUUUAUGCUAUCCUGUCGCACACCUGGGGAGCCGAUGACCAGGAGAUCACCUUUCGAGACGUUCAACAGCAUACAGGCCACCACAAAGACGGAUAUCAAAAGCUCACGUUCUGCAGUCAGCAGGCUGCGCUGGAUGGCCUGAAACAUUUCUGGAUCGACACCUGCUGUAUAGACAAGUCUAACAGCCAGGAGCUUCAAGAAGCGAUCAACUCUAUGUUUAGUUGGUACAGAGAUGCCAACCAUUGCUACGUCUUCCUCACCGAUGUGCACAAAAAUAGCAGCGACGACGACGACGACGACGACAGACCGUCACAAGUACAAUGGGAGAAAGCCUUCAAAAGCAGCCGAUGGUUCACCCACGGCUGGACACUUCAAGCACUCUCUACAUUGUUUCUGCAAUCCCCAAACACCACACUCAUCAGACAUGUCGGACCACCGGGGACACUAUAA